GCUACCCUCCCGCCGCGCGGCCCCUGUUCCCCGCGAGCACGGCCGCGGUGCCGGCCAUGGAGUAAGGAGGAGGCGGCGUGGGAAGAGGAAGAUGGCGGCGGGCAAGAGCGGCGGCGGCUCUGGGCAGGCUGCUUUUCUGGAAGCUUUGGCUAGAUCAGAAUCUAAGAGAGAUGGAGGUUUUAAAAAUAAUUGGAGCUUUGAUCAUGAAGAAGAAAGUGAAGGAGAUGCAGAUAAAGAUGGGGCAAAUCUACUCAGUGUAGAAGAUGAGGAUUCUGAAACCUCAAAAGGAAAAAAGUUACAUCGGAGGUCUGAGAUUGUUGCUACUAGUUCUGGUGAUUUCAUCUUGAAGACCUAUGUAAGACGAAACAAGACUGACACUUUUAAAACUUUGAAAGGCAACCCAAUUGGACUUAACAUGUUAAGCAACAAUAAAAAACUGAGUGAAAAUACACCAGCUGCAGCGUUAUGCUCUGGAACCGUAGUUCAUGGCAGACGCUUCCAUCAUGCUCAUGCACAGAUACCAAGCGUCAAAACAGCAGCUCAGAGCAAUCAGGACCGCAAAGAAAGGAAAGAAUAUCCACCUCAUGUCCAAAAAGCUGAAAACAACCCUGUAAUGUUAAGUCAUGUCCAAGGUGUAGAUCGUAUAAUGAAGAAAACAGAAGAGUCGGAAUCAUAUAUAGAGCCUGAAAUUAAGAGGAAAGUACAGCAGAAACGGCACUGUAGUACCUAUCAGCUAUCUCCACUUUCCCCUGCUUCAAAGAAGUGUUUGACCCAUUUAGAGGUAUCUGAACAGCGUGAAUGUUGCCCAAAAUGUGGAAAAGAAAAAGAAAAUCAGACCAAAUGCCAAAGUUGUGGUAUUGUUUUUCAUAAUGAUUUGCAAAGAAAUUGCAGACAAGCUAUAACUUUGCAUGAAUCCACUGGACCUUUACUAAGAACGUCAAUUCAUCAGAAUUCUGGAGGACAGAAGUCACAAACCACAGGAUUAACAGCCAAGAAGUUUUAUGGUAAUAGUGUGGAGAAGAUUCCAAUAGAUAUUUUGGUGACUUGUGAUGCUAGUAGACAUAAUUACAUCCAGACUAAUGGAAAAGUCAUUCUACCUGGAGGAAAAAUACCUAAACUCACAAACCCGAAAGAACUAAAGACAAGCUUGUCAGAUCUGAAUGAUCCAAUCAUUUUGUCCAGUGAUGACGAUGAGGAUGAGAAGACUAGCAGAAGAGAGAGCAUAUCCCCACAGCCUGCAGACUCCGCGUGUUCUUCCCCAGCGCCAUCGACUGGAAAAGUAGAAGCUGCACUAAAUGCAAAUAUUUGCAGAACAGAGCAGGAAUCUAGAAGCAACCCAGCAGAUUCGGAGUUAAACACAGUUGUCAUACCAAGAAAAGCAAGAAUGAAGGACCAGCUCGGUAAUCCCAUCAGCACCCCUCUAAAACGUCGCAAAGUAAACACUCAUGGAACUUUAAUUCACUCUGUGUCACUCUCACCUCCCCCAAACUUUGGAAGUGUCAUUUUAAACUGCCGAAGUAUACGAGUUGGAACGCUCUUUCGACUAUUGAUAGAGCCUGUAAUUUUUUCUUUAGAGGCAAUCAAGAUACAUCUAGAUGGACCAGAUAGUGAUCCUGUAGAGAUUAUUUUAAAUACCUCUGAUCUAACUAAAUGUGAAUGGUGUAAUGUCCGGAAAUUACCAGUAGUGUUCCUCCAGGCAAUACCAUCAGUUUAUCAAAAGCUGAGCAUGCAGCUGCAAAUGAAUAAAGAAGAUAAAGCUUGGAAUGAUUUUAAAGGAAUGAACAGAUUAACAAGUUUAGAAGAACAGUACAUUAUUUUAAUUUUUCAAACUGGCCUUGAUCCUCAGGCAAAUGUGGUCUUUGAAAGUAUCAUUACUGACAUUGGUAUAAAGAAUAAUGUUUGCAACUUUUUUGCGAAAAUUCCUUUUGAAGAAGCCAAUAGCAGACUUGUUGCCUGUACAAGAAGCUAUGAAGAAAGCAUCAAAGGAAAUUGUGUGCAAAAAGAGAACAAAGUGAAAACUGUGUCCUUUGAAUCUAAAAUACAGCUCAGAAGCAAACAAGAAUUGCAGUUUUUUGAUGAUGAGGAAGAAACCGGAGAGAGCCACACUAUCUUCAUUGGCCCUGUAGAAAAAUUGAUAGUGUAUCCACCACCUCCGGCUAAGGGAGGCAUCUCUGUUACUAAUGAGGACCUGCACUGUCUAAGUGAAGGAGAGUUUUUAAAUGAUGUUAUUAUCGACUUUUAUUUGAAAUACUUGGUGCUUGAAAAACUGAGGAAAGAAGAUGCUGACCGAAUUCAUAUAUUCAGUUCUUUUUUCUAUAAACGCCUUAAUCAGAGAGAGAGAAGAAAUGCUGAGACAACUAACCUAUCAAUACAACAAAAACGUCAUGGGAGAGUAAAAACAUGGACCCGGCAUGUAGAUAUUUUUGAGAAGGAUUUUAUUUUUGUACCCCUUAAUGAAGCUGCACACUGGUUUUUGGCUGUUGUUUGUUUCCCUGGUUUGGAAAAACCAAAAUAUGAACCUAACCCCCAUUACCAUGAAAAUGCAGUCAUGCAAAAAAGUUCAGCUGCAGAGGACAGUUGUGUUUCUUCUGCCAGUGAAAUGGACAGUUGUUCACAGAACUCUUCUGCCAAGCCUGUGAUUAAGAAGAUGCUAAACAGAAAGCAUUGCUUAACUGUAACUGAGUCCAGUGCUGAACAGGAAGAAAGUGAGCCUUGUUAUCGGAGAAACACAUACAGUGUGAAAUGUAGUGUGAAAAAAAAAAACCAUGCUAUAAGUGAAAACGAAGAAUCAAGUAAUGGAAAAUCUUCAUGCCAGGAAGUUAUUGAUAGAGCUAAAAGUGAGAAUGGCCUACAGGAUGAAUGUUUAAAUUCUAUACAUCAUCCAGAUGCCUUAAGCAAAAUCAGACUAAACUACGGUGAUCAGUCAGCUGAAGGUGGCAAAAUGCUGGAAGAUGAACUCAUUGACUUCUCAGAGGAUCAGGAUGAACCGGAUGAUAGCAGCGAUGAUGGACUCCUUGCUGAUGAAAACUACAAUUCAGAAAUAGGACAGUGGCAUUUAAAACCUAUUGUCUGUAAACAACCUUGUAUCCUCCUUAUGGACUCACUUAGAGGCCCUUCUCGAUCAAAUGUUGUCAAAAUUCUAAGAGAGUAUUUAGAAGUGGAAUGGGAGGUUAAAAAAGGAAGCAAAAGAAGUUUUUCCAAAGAUGUUAUGAGAGGUUCCAACCCCAAAGUUCCACAGCAGAACAACUUCAGCGACUGUGGCGUAUACAUACUGCAGUAUGUAGAGAGCUUUUUUGAGAAUCCAAUACUAAAUUUUGAGCUCCCUAUGAAUUUGGUGAACUGGUUUCCUCCCCCCAGAAUGAAAACAAAAAGAGAAGAAAUCCGAAACAUAAUUCUGAAAUUGCAGGAAGAGCAGAGUAAAGAGAAGAAGCUGCUGAAGGACACUUUUUCAGCAGAAACAUCCAUAGGGGAAGGAGCAGAGCAGUAUGCCAGCAGUGUCUCAGAGUGACCAGGAAGCUGGGGCUCUAGCUUCAGAAAUCACAUGGCAUUCAACUUUGGUUAUAGACAGUAAAGAGCCAAAGUGCUCACUACUCAGAGAUUUGGGGAGGGUUAAUGCUGUAAAAAUGUCACAUAAGUAAUUUCCAAAGGAUUAUGUAUUAAGUAAAAGUCUGUAAAUAUGUUAAUGAGGCCAAUUUUUCCAACAUUUAUAAUUAUUUUUUUCACUUUUAGGAAACCUUUGUUAUGUAUUUUCUGUUAAUAAUACUAAAAUUGCAACUUCUAAACACAAAUAAACUAUUUAUAGGAGGAAACGAUUAAUUUGAUAUUCUUUAGUGAACUUGUAUAAUUCCUCAAAGUGUGAUUUUAUUUCAUGGGAAUAUAUAUAAGUGUCUAUGAUUUUUUUAAACUUCUGUUCUAAAAUACUCAAAAAUGUGAAAAUAUUAAUCAUCAGAAACAUUUUAGACUAAAAUCCAUCUUUAUAUGCUUGUGUAGCAAGAAAAAUUAACAUCUUUUCAAUUCAUGCUUUUUCAUGUGUUCAGAGAACCCCCAAAAUGUAGUGAAUAUUUAUACUUUUACACAGAUACUUAAACAAUAUUAAGAGCAAUCAAAGACAGUACGCCUUGACUUCUGCUCAUAAAGCAUAAAUGCGCUGGCACACACUCUGUGACUCAGGUGAAAACUAUCCUGGCAAGUGCAGCUUGAAUCUCAAAUAGCCAAUAUUACCUUUGUGUUUUUAUCUUACAGUAUGCUGCAGCCUGUAUGAUAGAACUAGUUAAAUAUUUUUAAUCUGUGUAAACACAGGAAUUCAAAUAGGAAUUUAUUUUUGGUAACUUCUGCUAUUUUUUCAUUAUUUUGUUCACAUUGUUUUGUAUCAGACCUUGUGCUUGAGUUUUCCUCUGUAAAUUAUUUUAAAAUGUAAGCAUCCUCUAAUUGCAUAAUGCAGCAAAAACUCUUAUUCUUAAUUUUCCAUUAGGUUGAGAAAAUGUGGGUUUGGGCCUGUAGUCAGUAGAGUGCAUGCUUAACAAAGUGGAGACCUUGUUUCAGUCCCCAGUAGCAAAUAAUAAUAAUAAUAAUAAUAAUAAUAAUAAUAAUAAUAAUAAUAAUAAUAAUAAUAAUACACAAAUAUGAAGCUUUUGAUGCCACAUUAGUAAUUCAUAGAGUCCUCGCUUGUAUGUGUAGAAGUUAUUAUUUUCACAAAUGAAUGGUAUUUAUUCCUUUCAAGUUUAGUGCAAGACUUAAAAUAUGUGUUUUAAGUCAUUUUUGUUAGUGAAUUUUUAAAUGCCCAUAUAACAACAAAAUUAUAGUGAAGACCAAAAAAUACAACAAAGGAAUUUUUUAAAAAAAACUUAAUAGAAAGUAUAAACAAAAUUGACAAACUUUUGUUUUUUAAAUAAACUCUAUUUUGCCUCAGUUUGAGGGAACUGGAAAAGUUACUGUAAGGACCAGGUACACUGGCACAUGCCAGUUAAGGCCAACUGCUCAGGGGCUGAAGUACUUGAGCCUGAGUCUGGGAGGUUAAGAUCAGCCCACAAUAUGGUGAGACACUGUCUCAAACUAAACAAACUAUCCUAAAAUGCCUGUGGUUUUUGUCUGACACUUAAUUGCUAUAUUUUAUAGUGUUAGAUAACUUGAUAAAGUAAAAUUACGGCUUGUCCCUCGGGCUCUUUCUGUUCAGUAUUUUUCAUUUCAACAUGAAAAAAUAAAGAUUGUAUAAAUAGUUUAAAGUGGAGAUCUCCCUUUGAAAUUUGUGAGUAGUCCAAGCCGUGAGACAGAGCUUUGCAGUCGGAAGUCUUGUCAUUUGACACCAGAACUGCAUGAAGCUAUCUGGUGACUUCACUAAUUAGAUAGAGCUGCUGGAUUGGGUUUCUUGUUGGGUAGAGUAACAGUUAAUCAUUUUUAGAAGAGUUUUAGAUUACUUGCCAUAAAACUUGUAUGUGUCUGAUCUGCUGGUAGUUUAGGAGGAAAGGUGUUUAACCAGUCGUCCCUUUGGCUUUGCUGACGUGCUUUCUUUAGACAGCCACGAACGGGCUGGAGUUAACUUCAGUUCCACUCGAACCUGAAACAGUUAGUUUUUCUUUGCAUGCAGCUUGUGCUGAACUGAGUCAAUUAAAUGUAGAAGGUUUUACUUGAAAGCAUAAAGUGUUUGCCUUGUGUUUUGUCUCUAAAAGGAAUUAAGUAUUUUCCUCCAUAAAGCCUGCUUGUAGACUCUUGAAAACUGUGUCGAGAUAGAAAGUAAAUAGAGUACCAGUUCUCUUAAAAUUAUUCUGAAGAUUAAUUGAGUUCACUGAGUUUGUUUUAAUCAAGAGUUUGUGAAAUGAUGUACCUGUAGGAGAGAAAUGACCCUGUAAGUGAUGAGACAGGUGGCAUUUGUGUAGAGCAAGUUGUCAUCAAAGCUGCUAUAUGGUGUGAGGGCACACUGUAGACUACCAAUUCCAUGUCCAGGAUCAGCUGUGGAGAACAGCUUUAAGCAAGUUAAACAAUUUCUCCACAGGCUUCUCCAAGUCUUUAGUGUGGUAAUUAGUGUGAAGGAUUAUUAAAUGAAAUUACAAACCACUAUAUAUAUAUAGUUUGGCCGUAUCUUUCAUUCCCAGAACUCCUAGAGUGAACAACUUAAGAUGUCUUGUGAACUUAACUUCAAAAGAAGAUGGUUUUGAAACUGAUCUGAAGGUUUAAAAAACAUUUUUCAAUAAUUGAGUUUAUUAUUUAGAAUUUUGAAAGUAACUGGGCACUGUUACUGGUGAAAUAGUUUUAUGUGAAGCUUUUUUUUUUAAUCAUGAAAAUAACCUUUGUAAGGAAAAAGUUACAAAUUAAUUUUUUUUCACAUUAGUGCAUUUAUUUAGGGAAGAAAGAAUUGAUGAUAAGUAAUCUUUUGUAAAGUCAUCAAAUCCCAACAAACGUGGACAUAGAAAAUCUGUAAAAAUACAGAAGUGAAUUGGAAGGCUGUUUGGAGGCCUCUCCUCUUUCCAUGAACCUUCUCCUACGAGAUUGGACUCCCUCUGACUUCCAUUCCAUCCUUUACAUUAGAACUAAAUUGUUAUUGGUGAACUUCAUACCUAAAGACCUGUCUUUCGUCCAUCAAAAUUUGUGCAAAAAAGCAUUCUUUUGUAAACUGAAAUAGCUUUAUUAAUAUAUUUUGAAUAUUUUAAACUUGUCUUACUGAAAGUUGUUUAAAUUUAUAAUAAAAGAUGUUAUCAUAAUUAGCUUUAUACAGGUAACAGAAGAAUUUAAUUAGACUUUAAUUAGAUUUUAAAAGACUUUAAAGUUUCAGUGUUUUGAGCACCUAGUAUGAAGUAGAAGACCAAAUAGACACCAUCUUCCUGCUUUCCCAGUUGCCUUCACAAAUGAGUGCCAGCCAUAAAAAGCAGUGUGUAUAAAGACAGGAAUCUCCCCAUCUCAGAAGGUUAGAGACUUCCUGAAGGGGUGACAUUUAGGCCACUGAUGGUAGUCUAGGAGAGGAAGAGUAAAGUCCGAAGUACAAAGAAAGUGCUUUGGCUUAAAAUGAUAAUUACUUCAUUAAUAAAGCAUUACUGAAUGAUAGGCGUUGUGUAGAGCAUUUUAGGUGAAUGAAUUCACUUCCUUAGUCUUAGGAGAUUCGUUUAAUGAUAGUACUUCCAUUUUGUGAAACAAAUAGGUCCCCAAGAAAGUUCUUUUAAUUCACAGCGUUAAAGUUGCUAAGUUAACCUUCACUUGAUAAAUUAGGUACCAGUAAGAUAUUGGUGAUUUUUCUAGAGGUGCACUGUGGUAGAGUCUUCAUCUCUGAAGUGGGGUGUAAGGGGUUGCUCUGAAUUACGCUAUUUUUAAAGUGAUGUCUAGAUAUUUUCAUAGUUCACUAGAAUGUCUCGUGUGAAGUAGAGAGGGGGGCUGGAAGUUAAUCAUGCAGGGCCUGGCAGCCACGUCAAAAUCUUGAUCAUUUCUGUGAAAAGUUACAGAAGCAUUUUAGACAGGAAUAACACAGUCAAAUGUGCAUGCAGAAGAGCUCGUUUAUUGAUGAAAAUGGGACCAAAAUGAAAGCAGUAAUGAAACUGAGCUCCCAAGGUGUGGCCUGGAAUAAUAUACCUGUGCGGUAGGAACACUGGGAAGACAGAGUGGUCCCAUAUGAAAUGUUCCUCUUAGGAACAUGCAGCAAGAACAUGAAAGACUGUUUUUUAUCCCAAUCAGAACUUUCAUUGCUUGUUUCUUAAACAAUUCAAAGGUAAUACAAGCACUUAAAAACGAGAUUAAUGUUAGAUGUUACUAACAUAAGUGUAAAAGCCAAAUCAUUUCUAAAACUCGUGACAUUACCAAAGAGAUAAAGAGCAUUAAUUUUUUUUUUUAGACAAAGCUUUCUAUUUUUAAAUACAAGCCUCAUGAAAGGAAGAUGUAAAUUAGAAUUAAAUACCAACGUUCCAUCACAGGAAAAGACUAGAUGGGUCUAAAUUAAGAGCAACUCAUUCUUGAUGUCCAAACUAAGUUACUCCAGUUCUACACUGAUUUGCCACUCCGUCUCCUCAUGUCAGCUGAUUGGACCCAAGGAAAGAGCAGGCACGGGGAACAAAACGGAAUUAGUGGAGCGGACCUAGGUAUUGGGAAUUUAGGGAAAAUAGGGAAUAAUUUGCAUGUUAGAAGAAAAUUGUUAAAUGGCAGUCUAAUAAAGGACCUCAUUUCUAAGGACUUUCUUAUUUCAACCCCUGAAAUAAGACUUUCCUAUCAAAUAAACUUGACUUUGUCUCAAUGCAAAACAAAA